UCGCAAUUGAAAUAAUUGUCAUGGAGUUCACGGAAGAGUUUGCUGUUCUACAAGGUAGUUUUAUGUUGAUUGAACGCAGUAACGUGUAUUGUGAUGCCAAGUCGCUUAGCGUAGAUUUGGAACUCGUUUCUGACGCCAUCAACGACAUUGUCGAUGGACUGUCAAAACCACACGAUGUCAGUGAACAAGAACUAUGGCGAUUGAAAAUUCACUCUGUCAUGUUCGUAAAAUGGCUGGAAAACUGUCACGAUACUCCACUUCCCAAAUCAGAUCGUAAUAAUCAAGUUGAUAAGAAAGAGUGGAGCAAAGAAGACGUCAAUGAUUUUGGGAAUUUUCAAGAAAAGUAUUUUGUGAACAGUGUCUGUGUGGUUCCUACAAUUCCCACACAGUUUUAUACUGAACUAUUGAAAACAUUGGGAUGGAGUAGAUAUCUCUUCCAGUGUCUAAUGAGAGUUAACUGUGAGACAGCCAUAGUACUGAUAGAACAUCUCUUCCUGUAUCUUUCCAAAGAAGACAGUAAUACAAAGUUUCUGGUUGAACUAUUGGAAUGCGUUUGUAACUAUUGCCGUAGCAACAGUCAUGUAGAACUCCUACCUACAUUUUUGUCCCAACUAUUGAAAGCAAUUCAAAAUCGCCAUCCUGACAUGUUGAAAACUAACAUCUUUAAGAUUUUAGUAAAAUUUUUAGAUGACCUCACAAAACAUGGUGUCAUAAAUGAUGCGUCAUCAGAUGAAAUACUACAAGACUGUUUAGCAAGGAAUGCCAAGCAACAAAGUUACAGCAUGGAGAGGAAGAAAAUGAGUGAUGAUCUUCCAUCUUUUCUCAAAUCUCAGACUCUGAUACUGGAGAUACUUAUAUCUUUUUUAUCAGAGAAUAUUUUUGUUGACUGUGAAGAUUCUUUCACAGUCUUAUUGAGUGAUGGAUGUCAGAGUAUGAAUCCAGUGAUUAGGUCAUUGGUGGAGCUGUUCCAAAGAAUUGAAACAUGUGGCCAGUUUGACAAAGCAGUUGUCACAAAAAUUGCAACAUUACAGACACGCAUACCAUGUACAUUGCACCCAGUAUGCCAAUCUCUUAAUGAAUCUGCUGUUAUCAGAGAUGAGGUUGAAAUCUUGGAAAAUAAAUUGACUGAUGUCAUUUGGAGAAUAGAUGAGAGAUUGACUGGAUACCGAGCUGCAAUGGAUUGGUUGUUGUCUUGUAAGGAGUUGUGGUUUGAUACAAGAUGGAUUCAAUGUGUUUCCAAUAAUCUGCCCUCUAUAGCUACUGUACGAUCUGUUACCAUGGUUAUCGACAUAUUACAUAACAUUGAUAAUAAAAGCAGUCUUUUUGAGCACCUCAAACUGGUGUUAUUGCAAUGCCAUGCAAGUUUGCCUUUGUCAUCACAAAAUAUUCUACGUGAUUAUUUGAUAGACGAAUAUGGACUGCCAACAUUGUACGAAAAAUAUUCACCGGAUGAUUUCAGUCAACAGCUCACUACUGUCUUUAAUAAGCUGGUGAAUGUGGAAGAAAAUAUUGAUUUCAUGCAG